GCAGGGAGGAAAUUCGUUGGAAACCGGGACAGUCCAGUGAUACACCAGGUGAUAAUUAAAUAUACUGACUGGAGACGUACCAACAGCAAUGAAUGAAGAUGGCUUUGUUUGAACUGUACACCCAGUACAACAGAGUGUGGAUCCCAGAUGCAGAGCAAGUUUGGAGAUCAGCUGAGAUCAGGACAGACUUUCACGUUGGGGAUAAUGUGCUUGAACUGGUUCUUGAAGAUGGCACAGAGUACAACCACCCUGUGGACCCAUCUAAACCUCAGCUCCCUCCUCUCCGUAACCCAGACAUUUUGGUUGGGGAGAAUGACCUCACAGCUCUCAGCUACCUGCAUGAACCUGCAGUCCUGCACAAUCUUAAAGUGCGAUUUGUGGAGUCCAGAAUCAUCUAUACCUACUGUGGAAUCAUCCUAGUGGCUGUAAAUCCAUACAAACAGAUUCAUAUCUAUGGAGAUGCAAUCAUUCAUGCCUACUCAGGCCAGAACAUGGGGGACAUGGACCCUCAUAUAUUUGCAGUGGCAGAGGAGGCUUACAAACAGAUGGCCAGAAACCACAAGAACCAGUCGAUCAUUGUCAGUGGGGAGUCUGGAGCCGGAAAAACAGUGUCCGCUCGAUACGCUAUGAGGUACUUUGCUGUUGUAAGCAAAUCUGGGAGUAAAACUCGAGUUGAAGACAAAGUCCUGGCGUCCAAUCCCAUAACAGAGGCAAUUGGGAAUGCAAAGACCACCAGAAAUGACAACAGCAGCCGUUUUGGGAAAUACACAGAGAUCAGCUUUGACAGGAAGUUCCGAAUCAUUGGAGCAAACAUGAGGACGUACCUCUUAGAGAAAUCCAGAGUUGUGUUUCAGGCAGACAAUGAGAGAAACUAUCACAUAUUCUACCAGAUGUGCUCCUGUGCGCAGCUGCCAGAGUUUAAGAGUCUGAGUCUGUUGAGUGCAGAUAAGUUCGUGUACACCUGUAUGGGUGGUGACAUCACUAUUGAAGGUAUUGAUGACAAGAAAGAAAUGGAGGAGACUCGGCGGACCUUCUCACUUCUGGGGCUGAAGGAGGACUUUCAAUCAGCUGUUUUCAAAGUUUUGGCAGCCAUUCUGCACCUGGGAAAUGUGGAAAUCAAGAGCUCCGGUGGCGACAAAUCAUCUGUUCCACUCAACGAUCCACACCUGGCAGUGUUUUGUGAGCUGCUGGGUGUUAGCACAGAGGGGUUGGUGCGAUGGCUGUGCCAUCGGAGGAUCGUGCUGGUGGCUGAGACGGUGGUGAAGCCGUUACCCAUAGAGAAGGCAGUGAAUGCCAGAGAUGCUCUCGCCAAGCAGAUCUAUGCCCAUCUGUUCGACUGUAUUAUCACAAGAAUAAACACUGCACUACAGGUUCCAGGAAAGCAGCAUGCUUUCAUCGGUGUUCUGGACAUCUAUGGCUUUGAAACAUUUGACAUCAACAGUUUUGAACAGUUCUGUAUAAACUAUGCAAAUGAAAAGCUUCAGCAGCAGUUCAAUUUGCAUGUGUUCAAACUGGAGCAAGAGGAGUACAUGAGGGAGGACAUCCCAUGGACGCUGAUAGAUUUCUAUGACAACCAACCCGUCAUUGAUCUGAUUGAAGCAAAGAUGGGGAUCCUGGACUUGCUUGAUGAAGAAUGCUUGUUUCCUAAAGGCACUGAUCAAAGCUGGCUGCAGAAGCUGUUCAACUACCUAGAAGCUAAUCCUCUGUUUGAGAAGCCCAGAUUAUCAAACGAGGCCUUCGUGAUUCAGCACUUUGCAGACAAGGUGGAAUAUCAGUGCAAAGGUUUCCUUGAAAAGAACAGAGACACUCUGUAUGAAGAACUGGUGGAUAUUAUGAGAGCCAGUAAGUUUCCCUUUCUGGCUAACUUUUUCCAAGAGGAGGAGCUUCAUGCUGCGAACAGCAAAGGUAUCAAAGUGAGGCCUGCCAGGCCCGGAGUGAAGGCAGCCAAUAAACAGCUCCGGGCCUCUGUGGGAGAUAAGUUCUGCAGCUCUCUCUCUUUACUGAUGGAAACACUGAACGCAACCACCCCUCACUAUGUGCGCUGCAUUAAGCCCAAUGAUGAAAAGCUUGCAUUUGAAUACGACUCGAGGAGAGUGGUGCAGCAGCUGCGAGCCUGUGGAGUCCUUGAAACUAUUCGUAUCAGUGCACAAAGCUAUCCAUCCAGGUGGACAUACAACGAGUUUUACAGCCGAUACAGUAUCCUGAUGUUGCCUCAGGAGGCCGACCUCAGUGACAAGAAGCAGACCUGCAAGACUGUCCUGCAGAGGCUUAUUCAGGACCCAAACCAGUACAAGUUUGGCCGUACAAAGAUCUUCUUCCGAGCUGGUCAGGUAGCAUAUCUGGAAAAACUACGUCUGGACCGCCUGAGAGGUGCAUGUGUGACCAUCCAGAAACACGUCCGCGGUUGGAGCCAGAGAAGGAAGUACCUGCGCAUGAGAGAGGCGGCUAUUAUCCUCCAACAGUACAUCCGAGGACAGAGGUCAAUCCGCAAAACAGUGAGUGCUACAACACUUAAGCAGGGCUGGGCUGCACUGGUGAUCCAGAGACACUGGAGAGGUUACCGCAUGAGGCAGAUCUACAUGGUGGUCCGCGUGGCAUCCAUUACCAUCCAGGCUUUCACACGAGGAUGGAUGGCCCGCAGACAGUACAAGAAGAUGAUGAAAGAGCAGAAAGCCCUUGUUCUGCAGAAGUACGCCCGAGCAUGGCUGGCACGUCGGCGUUUUCAAACCAUGCGUCGCCUGGUGAUUAAUGUGCAGCUCUCCUACAGGGUGCAGCAGCUCAGAAAGAAAAUAGAAGAGCAGAGCAAGGAGAACCGUGGAUUGGUGGAGAGACUGACAACCUUGGCCACCUUGAACUCACAAAACAUGGACAAGCUUCAGGGUCUGGAGAUACAGUUGGAAAAAUCCAUUCACCUGAAGACAUCUGUGGAGGCAAGGGAGAAGAAAUCGAAAGAAGAAGCUAGUCUGACGAUCAAACAGCUUCAGAAGGACUUGGAUGCACAGAAAGUCGAAAAGCAAAACUUAGAGAAAAAGUUUGAAGCUGCCACCACUGAGGCCAAAGAGAACUUCGAUCAAAUCAAGAGCAGUCUUCUGGAGGAGAAGGAAUAUGAAACAAGGCUUAGAAAGAUUGCAGAGAACAACAUAGAGAUCCAGAAGGAGGACCAUGACAAAGAGAUAGAAAUUCUGAAAGAGGAGAUAAAGAGACUUAAAGAGGAGCGAGUUGGUCUGCAGAGGGAGAUCGAGGAGGCAGGGCAGGUGAACGGAGACCUGCAGGAACAGGUCAUCCAGCUCACUAAACACGUCAAAGCCAUCCCUGAGCUCCGGCGAGACCUCAAUAACCUGCAGAACCAGAGAAAUACCAUGGACCGAAAGAUGAAGCAGCAGUCAGAACAAGCAAGAGUGAAAAUGAAUGAUAUCACAAGACAGCUCCUCGGUGGUGUUGUUGAAGAGGAGGUUCUUUUGGGGCUAAGUCCCGAUGACUCGGAGAAGAUCUGUGACGUUGACAAUAUGCUGGCAGCCUUUGAUGGUCUACAGAAAGCUACCAGGAUUCUUGAAUCCCACCAGAAGGAACAGAAGGAAAAACACGAGACCCAAGUGGAAGGCUUAAAGCUGAAAGUGGAUCACCUUCAAAAUGAAAACAGCAAGUUACAAAAUCUGUUUCAGGAGAAAAGCAAUGUCAAUGAAACGAUUCGCCAAGAGGUUUCCAGACUCAGCAGUGAGAACUCAGUCAUACCAGAGCUGAAGCUGCAGGUUUCAGACCUCCAGAGACAAAAACAAGAACUGGAGGCUCACGUGGAGGAGCAGAGACAAGAACUAGCAGAAAAAACAGAGGAGAUCACAAACGUCCUCCAAAAGAAGAUUGAAGAUGAGAGCUCACAGCGCAGGCACUUUGAAGAGAAAGCUGAUGAGCUGGAAGAACGGAAGAGGGAGCUUCAAGAACGCGUGGAGGAGUUGGAGGAGGAGAGUGAUCACUUGAAGAGACUGCAGAUGAUGGAAAGCGAGGCCAAGAGCAAGCUGAGACAGGAGAUUUCACGGCUCACAGCGGAGAAUAUGGACUUUGAGGAGAUGCUCGACCACAAAGACAGGUUGAUAAAGAAACUACAGACUCAAGUAAAGAGCCUUGAAGCAUCGCAGAAAGCGAAGCAAACGUCUGCACCUGCCAUCCCAAAAGAUUUCCUUGGGAUGUUGGAGUACAAACGAGAGGAUGAAGACAGGCUCAUUAAGAACAUCAUUUUGGAUCUGAAGCCCAAAGGUGUGGCGAUAAAUAUGAUGCCCAGGCUGCCAGCUUACAUCCUCUUCAUGUGCAUUCGACAUGUAGAUUACCUGAAUGAUGAAGCCAAACUCAAGUCUCUGAUGAAUGAAGUCAUCGGGGGUGUCAAAAAAGUCAUCUUGAGUUACCACAAAGACCUGGAAUUGCUGUCAUUCUGGCUCUCAAACACAUAUCAACUUCUCAACUGUCUGAAGCAGUACAGCGGGGAGGAGGAAUACAUGAAGCAGAGCACUCCUCGUCAGAAAAAGAACUGCCUGCAGAAUUUUGAUUUGUCAGAGCACAGGCAGAUCCUCAGUGACCUGGCCAUCCACAUCUACCAUCAGCUUAUAUCAGUCAUGGAAAAAAGCCUUAAUCCUGCCAUUGUACCGGGUAUGUUGGAGCACGAGAGCCUGCAGGGGAUUUCCAGCAUGAAGCCGACGGGCUUCAGGAAGCGUUCAAACAGCUUCUAUGAAGACUCAGAUACCUACACCAUCUCCUCCAUCAUCCAGCAGCUCAGCACCUUCCUUUUCAUGAUGAGCCAGCACGACAUGGAGCAGGGCCUAGUCAGACAGAUCGUCAAGCAGCUCUUCUUUCUGGUUGGUGCCACCACCCUGAACAACAUGAUGCUCCGCAAGGACAUGUGUUCAUGCAGGAAGGGGAUGCAGAUCAGGUGUAAUAUCAGUUACUUGGAGGAGUGGCUGAAGGAGAAGGAACUGCAAAGUUCAAACGCAAUAGACACUUUGAGGCCACUGUCUCAGGCCGCUUGGCUGCUGCAGGUCAAUAAGUCCACUGAUGACGACGCCAAAGAGAUCGCUGACAAAUGCACUGAACUUAACACUGUUCAGAUUGUCAAGAUUUUAAACUCCUACACACCCAUCGAUGAUUUUGAGAAGAGGGUAUCAUCUUCCUUUGUUCGUAAAGUUCAGUCGUAUCUACACCAUCGUGAAAGCUCGUCACAACUGAUGCUGGACUCUGACUAUCGCUUCCAGGUCACAUUUCCUUUCUGCCUGUCGUCACAGGCUUUGGAGCUACUGCAGGUCCCCAACAGCCUCCAUCUAGAGUUCCUCACCAGGAUCUGAACCAGCCUUUAAACAUUUCACUACUCAUGACUGAAUCACAGCGAACACGCCUGUGGCUGUACUUCAUUGUACAUAUAAAUAUGUAAACACUUUUAACACAGUACUAAUAUAAUAAAAAUUGUAGAUUUUA